AUGCGGUCCCUUUACCACGUAGCCGGUUGUCUGUUACUGUUCGCUGGCGCCAGAGCGUGGCGGCAUUCGAAACUUUUCACUAGCUCACCUGCGUUCGUUGAACAUCCCUUCCCAACGAUCAGCGUCGAAUGUCCCGAACUUGGCCGCUCAGGAACCUACAUUGACAGAGACCACACUUCAGAGGGCGCCGGAAUUGUCCCAGCUCUAGCGUGGCCUUCUGCAACGUAUAAUACCGUAGAGUAUGUCCUAAUCAGUGAAGACCCAGAUGCACCUAUUCCAGAGCCUGUUGUCCACGGGAUAUACUAUCGGAUUUCGCGGGAUAAGACUGGAGUGCAAAACCCUGAUUUUCGCAUCCACAACGCCAGUUGGGAACCAUACAUGCUUCGAGGCGGCUUCAAGUACGGAAAAAACAGGCAUGACACCGUCUAUGCUCCGCCGACUCCAUUCCUUGGUGACGGACCGCACCGCUUCUUCUUUGAGCUUAUUGCAUUGAAUGACUCGAUUGAUACGGAUAAGAUGAGCCCCUUGGCGACCUAUGAUGAGCUCAAACGGGAGGUCUUUGGGAAGGUCGCCGGUUGGGGUGAAUGGGUUGGAGUGUUCGAAAACCCUCGACAUCAAUCUGAGGAACGUCGCUGA